GAUGGGAAUAAAGCUGCUGGAAUGUCCUCAUGUACAUACAAUAGUCACUAUUAAUCUUUUGAAAAAUUAUACUGUUAACUUUCUUAAUAUUCAUCUGUUUUUUCUAAUAGGUAUAAUUAUAAGAAAUGAAUUUUAAUGUCUGGAAUAUCAAAGAGAUGCUCAGUAUUCCAUCAGGCUCUGGGAACAUGAAGCCAUCCAACUGGAAUAAUAAUCAAGCUGAUUAUUCCAGUCUCAGUGAUUCCCAGUUCCUCUUUGGAUCUCAGUUCCAUCCAGAAAAUUCAGAAACCCUUUCAGCACCGUUGGACUUUGGUGCUUACUUGAGACAUUCAAAACAGUCACAACAGAAUUCUCUGGAGGGUGAACCUAGUAUUUUUGCAAAGUACCAGACAAAACCCCAGCUAUUUGGAGGAGAUACAAAAGAUGGAGGUUUAUUUCCUCCUCCUUUGUCAGUGGGAAAAUCAAAAAGCCUCUUGGAACAGUUUGAAGAGAAAAAGAAAAGGGCAAAAGACAAAUGUGACAGUGAGACGCUAUACAACUUUGUUUCUCAUGUUAGAGAAAGCAUUCACAGGUUGCAGACAUCUGUGGAAAAGUCAGAGGAACAUCUCAGUUCAAGAAGCCAAUCUAUUUUGGAUUCUUUAGAGACUGUGGCCAAGACAUUACAAGAGACUGUGCAGGCCCAGAAUGAACUGGUGUUUGAGGCAGUGCAGGACAAAGGCAACAUGAAGCAGGCCAUCCUUGAGAUGAAGAAAAGAUUUGAAGCAAGACAAGCAGAGUUCAUAGAAAUGAAGUCCAACCUCAAGCACCUUGAAGUUUUAGUUGCUCAGCAGAGUAAGGAACUCCAGCAGCUGUGUGAGCAACUAGGCCAGCUGAAUGUGCCCAGUGUCCUAGCAGAGCUGAAGAGAUUGAUCUCAGUGCCUCUAGUACCUGGGCAUGUGAAAGACAGUGCUUCUCAAACAUCGCCACCUUUGGCCCAGAGCCUCAAUCUCACCAGGCAGGAAAAAGACACCUCUGAGGAACCAGUUUUAUGGCAGGCCCAGGCCCUCCCUGCUGCAUGGAAUCCUAGUAUGGGCUCCCUACAGCCUGGAGAAUUUGGUGUCUGGGGUGAAGGAGCAAAGAAUGAUGCUCUCCAAGAAGAGGCUGCACUGCCAGCAUUUGGAUCCCAUGAAAGAAAUAGGCACGUAAAGGACAAGGCAGUGCAGACUAACUGCAAGAACUGGGCUAUUACUAAAACAGGUGCCAAGAACCAUGGUUUCAGCACCCCAGGCCAUAAGGUUCCUAGUGACAGGGACCUGGUUUCCCAAGGAGCCUCACAGCUCACAUCCCUGGAGAUAAACAGCGUUUCAACCAGCACUAAGAAUGCCUGCCAAAAAUAUCAAGCCCAAAGUAUGUUUUUGUGUGACCUAUGCCCAUGUGAACAGCUAGUGACUAAACAGAAAGAUGGGACUGUAGAAAUGAGGGGGAAAGGCAAGGAGCGGCAGCCCAGGAAGGCCCACAGGGCCCACAGAGGCAAGCUCCUAGCCAGGAAGCAAAAACAAAUCCCAAACCGGACCUGUACAUUCAAUUUCAAAUAUCAGAGUCCUCAGCCUGCAGUUUCUGACCCACAAAGUCCCCUCCUCAGGCAGCAGGAACCCCUUGCUCAGCCUCUGCAUCUGCAGUAUCCCAGGAGCCCUAGAAAACCAGUCUGCCCUGUUCUGGGAGGAACAGUCAUGUCCAAUAAGACAACAAGGGCAGUUCAGGGAAGACGCUUACAGCUCAGCAGGUGCUCUUCCCAUGACAACAGGCUGCUUUCCAGCAGUCCCCAAGGGGACCACCAGAUGAGCUGGUUCAGUGACCUCAAUCUUGGAUGUUCAGAGACCCCUCUAUGCAAGGAGACAGGGAAUAAUUUGCUCUAUGACCUGGGUUUUGAUAGCAGUGAUGAUGGCUUCUGACCGGCCCACAGUUGGUUUAUUGGUCUCAGCUAGAAAGACAAAUUGCAGAACAUUUGGUCUGGCCAACAGUAGAAAGUUCCUGAAGCCUGCCAAGGACCCUCAGGGUCAGAGGCCCUGCUGAGGAGGGGUCACUGGGUGGCAGGGGCACGGGAAGGUCCAGCACUCUGGGUACCAGACAAGGACAUAGGGUUAAGUGCAUCCUUAUUUAUUGGAAUGAAAUGUAAAAAUGGUGGUGAUGAGAGCUGAGGCAGCAGCCUGGUGGUGGGGCAUCUGGAGGAGGGUGCUUGUACGUAGCGAAAGGCAGGCAGGCUUCCUUAUGGAAUACUGUGUAGCAGAAGGGCUCUCAAAAAACUGUAGCUGUAGCAGCAUGACUCCAAACAACAUUUUUGGGUCUUUAAAAUAUUCCCUACACAUAACCAAUACAUUUUCAGGCCUUGGGAUUUUUUUUUUUUUUUUUUUUUUUUUACCCACUUAUGCUGCCAGAAUGUUUGCAUUUUUUGAUCAGUAGACAUAUUACAGGACACCCUAAAUCUUCCUGUGAACAGAGAAAGAGUGAUAAGGCUGCCAGUGAAAGAGCUGACAUGCACUAACAAAUGUCCAGAGCAUCACUGCUCACAAGCCAUUUUUCUUCCUGGCUGCUUUUUCCCUUGUUCUGUUUUUCAAGCACUCUUAAAACUAUUAAUAGUGCAGACCUUGUAUUAUUCCUGAAGAGCAGUGGGCUUAUAUGGAACUUUGGCUUUCCAUUUAUAUCUUGCUGAAGUUUGUUGUUGUUGUUAGUUUUUUUUUUUUUGAGACGGAGUCUCACUGUUGUCAGCCCACCC